AUGAAUCUUAUUGAUGCUCUCUUUACAUGGCCGUUUGUGCUGCGGGGUAAUGAUGUCAUGGUGUCACAAUGGUCUGCCAGGCACCAACGCCGAACAUCGGAGUCCUCUCUGCCGACCGACGUCAACGACGCGUAUCGCUCAUCAGGCGUGCCCUUAAAAGCCAUCGACAACAUCGCAGAGAUUGUGCAGCUCAUUCAGGCUCGCGACGCAUAUUUCGACCUCGACUCUCUGUGGGCGGCUGGGGGACUCUUUCGACAGGCGCUGCAGGGCAGGACCAACGAGUCUCACUUCACGAGAGACAUUGCUUCCAAGGUGAAGAAGAGGAUUGCUGCGUUGGUCAAGGACGGUGGUGUUGAUGCUUUGCGCACUGCUCAAUCUCAAUCUGCACCCGACGCUGAGGAACCCCCCGCUGCUGCUGCUUCUCCUUCUCCCUCCGACUUUGACGAGAUGAACGUGGACUUCACCCCUGCCUCGGACGCUGCCACUGAGCCAGACCUUGACGACGACAAGAAGCGCAAACGCUCCAUAUCUCCCAUCCACUCCACCAAAGCGCAAUGUCUCACCACGACGCCCAGCCUGACAACCACCAAGAUUCUGCAUCAGUUGCGAAACAACGUGCGCCUCACCGACGAUGUGCUUAACGUGCUCUGCCAAGCCGCCAGACUCUUGUACAGCGCCAAGACCGCCCAAGUCAAAUACCCUCUCUGGUUCUACGACGACCAGCACUCCGCCGACGUUCCCUCUGCCCUCCGUAUCUCUAGCGACACUCGUCUCAUCUGCUUCCCCAUCCAUCACGCUUCUGAGCAUUGGUCGCUGGGUGUGCUGGAACCAGUGAGCCAUGGCUUCUUCUUCAGCCACUACGACUCCAUGCCCGAGGCACAGCGCUCCAAGGCUGUUUCUGAGCGAGUGCGUGCGUGGCUGGAUGCGCGUGGAUACCAGGACAAGGAGCUUACGAGCAAGGAAAAGAAAUGCCCUGUCCAAGAUAACGGCUGGAGCUACGGGGUCCACGUCGUCUUCUCGUUGAUGACAGUCCUCCAAGGCAACUCUUUCCCCGCUGACAUCGACAUCCACGCCGAGAAAGUCGCCCUUGUCCAACUGCUGCGCACCAUCGACUGCAGCAACGGCUUCACCCAGGAAGAAGCCUCAGCGAUCAAGGGAUUGGACCAUGUCCUCGACGAGGAAGCCCGAAUUGAUCUUGAGCACCGUCUCUCCACCGUCACCGUCCAAGAACUUGAGCGACAUCUUGUCACGGCAAAGGUCAUCCGGCACCAAGCUCAAUUGGACGAACACGCGGCGACAAUUGAACUCACCAAGCUUCGCGGCAAGAUGGAAGCCAGAAACGAGCUGCGAGACGAGAUUGAGAAUUCCCUGGCCCGCAUGCAACAAACCCUCACCCAGCACGCCAGCGACGUCUCCCGCGCCAGCAGCGGCGUUUUCAUCCACGAGCCUCUAUCCACAUCCGACGGUCCCCACGACAUGGGUCUCAUGACGCAGCUGGACCAAACCGCCGAGAUGCGGCUCAAGCGGGAUCAAACCAGCGACCACAGCGGCGUGCGCACGGGCGCCCACUGGAUGGCAGAGUCACUGCAGCGCACGACGGAUGAACUCGACGCAGCGGUUGCAGCUGCGACAGCGACACUGGCCGAAGCACGGACUGCUCUGUACAAGGCGCAGCGGGGCGUGGAGAGCUGCGAGAAUGCAAUCGAGGCCAAGGAGAACCAGGACGGGAAGACGACGGCGCUCGAGACGUUGGCCUUGUUGGACGUGGCGAUGAAGAAAGAUCGGGAGUUGUGGAUGGAGGGAAAAGUGUCGCUGCCGAAUUGA